CACAUCGGUCACACCUUGCCUUGCCUAGUAGUUCCCCAAUAUGGACUAACGUGCGCAUGUGCCAUCAUUUCACCCCCUUCCUCCCUCCCUCUUUCACUCUCUCUCUCUCUAGGAGCAUUGUACUUCUUCGUCUUGACAUGAUGUUCAACGGAGUGGCCAUCUUCCUGGGUUUACUUCUUCUUCUUGAAAUGCAGCAAACUCUAACAAUGGCAAUCACAGAUUGCCCCUUAGAUUUGAGUGGGACAAAUUUUACUCUAGCUGCCUCUGCCUGCGCCAAUAAAGAAGACAGAGGGAAGUGUUGUCGGUACAUUAAUGCCUUCAUUGCAGUUUCUAUUGCUCGCUAUACAAAUGCAACAAGCAAUCUGGGGGUUAAUUCAGAUUUAUCUGAGAUAUGCCUCCGUUCUAUAUCAAAAACCUUAGAACUGUAUGGAGUAUCACGAAACGCAACAGUUUUCUGUGGGUUUGGAACGAAAAUUACUGUUAAUUAUGAGUGUAAGGGUAGAACAACUGUUACACAGAUGCUGCACUCUCCAAAAUUUGGCAAUGUCUCCAAAAAUUGUAAAGUGCCAUUGUCAGUAGAAAGUAAUUGCAGAAAAUGUUUAAAUGCUGGUAUUGUAUAUCUUCGCAAUCUAAUAGGAGCAGGAAAUAAUGCAACAUUGAGUUCUUGCAGGGAUGCAACCUUUGCUACACUUGCCAGCCAAGUUGACAAUGUGUCAGCUGUUGACAUUGCAAGCUGCUUCUUUGGGGUUCAAGAACUUAUUACUCUUCCAGUUUCAGAGCCACCCCCAGCUUUGCUUUCACCUAAGGCAUCACCAAGUCCAUUGGUUGCGGAUAGCCCCAGCCAGCUCACCUUGAGUGCACCCCUUAGUAAAAGUCACCAUCACUACCAUCUCACAUUGAUUCCAGUCAUUGGUAUAGCAGUUACAGCAGUUGCUGUUAUGAUGCUGGUAGUCUUGAUAUUUCUUAUCCAUAGGAAAAGCAGGGAGCUAGAGGGUUCUGAGACCAUUGACAAGAGCUCUUCAAAAGCCUUCCCUCAGCCUAGUAGAAAAUUUCAGGAAGGUCCUUCGUUUAUGUUCCAAAAAUUCAGCUAUAAGGAGACGAAGAAGGCUACAAACAACUUCAACACUAUCAUUGGACAAGGGGGAUUUGGAACUGUAUACAAAGCUCAGUUUAGUGAUGGUUUAUUGGCAGCAGUGAAGCGAAUGAACAAAGUUUCAGAGCAGGCAGAGGAUGAAUUCUGUAGAGAAAUAGAACUUCUUGCUAGACUGCAUCAUCGUCAUCUUGUUGCACUGCGUGGCUUUUGCAUUGCAAAACAUGAGAGGUUUCUCAUGUAUGAGUAUAUGGCAAAUGGAAGCUUAAAGGAUCAUCUUCACACUCCAGGCAGAACUCCUCUGAGUUGGCGUAGCAGAAUUCAAAUUGCCAUUGAUGUGGCAAAUGCUUUGGAGUACCUCCAUUUCUAUUGUGAUCCUCCUCUGUGCCAUAGAGACAUCAAGUCCAGCAACAUUUUACUGGAUGAUAAUUUCGUUGCAAAGGUUGCAGAUUUUGGCCUUGCACAUGCUUCAAAAAAUGGUUCCAUUUGCUUUGAACCGGUUAGCACUGAUAUCAGAGGCACUCCAGGUUACAUGGAUCCCGAGUAUGUGAUCACUCAAGAGCUUACUGAGAAAAGCGAUGUGUACAGUUAUGGUGUGGUACUCUUAGAGCUGGUGACUGCAAGACGAGCAAUACAAGAUAACAAGAAUUUGGUAGAGUGGUCUCAAGUUUUCAUGACAUCAGAAUCAAGACUACAUGAGCUUGUGGACCCCAGUAUUGGUGACUCCUAUGACUUGGAUCAGCUUCAAACAGUAGUGACAAUUGUGAGAUGGUGCACCCAGAGAGAAGGAAAGGCAAGACCUUCAAUUAAGCAGGUCCUCAGGCUUUUGUACGAAUGUUCGGACCCAAUGCACAGUGGGUUUGUUGAAGCUGUGCAAGAUGAAGAGUACGAAGGAACUGAAGGGAGCAGGAGGACAAGUAAAGGGAAAAUGCAUAGGAGUGAGGUGAUUUUUCACAGUGGGGAUGGAAGAUGUCUUGCUUCGUCUUCAAGUACAUCUAGGUCAUAUUGCAGUAGGAGUUUUCUACUUGAAACCGGCUCUCCUCAAUCUCCUUCUGGUAUACCCUCCAUUUAGGUCCAACAUUCACCUACUUCACAGACGUACUGUAAGUUUUUGCAAGGGAGACUUGGAUUAAGCAAUGGUCUCGAGAGGCAUGUGAUCGCCUUGAUUCCAUUUCACGGACGUGUGGUUAUAAAUCCUUAUCAAGUAUGAACCUUCUUUCUAUAGAGCUGAUUAAUGACUUCGCGUCGUUGCUGACAUGCUGCUGGGAGCAAAGGGAGAAAAAAAAAAAAGAA